UAUUGUGCUUCAUUACAAAAAGAUGGUUUCAGUUUUAAAAGUAUUAAAUGUUGCAAAAAAUUUUAAAACUAUUAUUAAUAGCGCCGCCAGCACAUCUAUUUCAAAUGUAUUAUUAACCAGAAUACUAUACAAACAACAAAAUGUGAAAUCUACUGUUUUGGGGGCAGUGACGGCGCGGUCAUUUCAUUCAACAAGCCAAUGUCGAGGUUUAAUGGAAUUCUUCGAUGACCCUAAAAACUGGCCAGAAAAUGAGGUGAAAGUUGGUCGUGCUUGGAAACUGGAAGAGUUACGUAUCAAAUCAAACAAAGAAUUGCAUCAAUUGUGGUAUAUUCUUCUCAAAGAGCGGAACAUGCUGCUUACAAUGGAGCAUGAAUGCAAUGACAAAAUGGAAUUAUUUCCUAGUCCAGAACGUUUAGAUAAGGUAAAAAUAUCAAUGGAAAAUCUAGAAUCAGUCGUCCGUGAAAGAAAUAAGGCCUACCAUCUACUUGAAACAGGCGAAACCGGUGAACGCCCAAGUCGCGUAGUAUCCAAUCAACUAGGUAUUCGCUACUUAUACAGAUCCUGUGAACACGUAUUGCCCCCUUAUAUGAACGUCAAAUGGAUAAAAUCGCGAAAUAUUGGUUUCGGUGGACGAGCGGUGCGCAAAUUCUUGUUAUUGUACCGUGAGAAACUCUACAAUGUAAAACGCAAAGCCAAGAAUCGUUCCCGCAACGAAGUCAUGAUGAUGUUACGACGUAACCCGAACAUAGAUGUCCAUAUGUUGCGGCGUAAGUAUCCAGAUGUGGACAUUGAUAAGUUGUUGAGAGAUGAUAAAACUCGUGGACACUCUGUGCCUAAGGUCGAUGUCUGAAUAAGUUGUAACGAAAUAAUAAAAUGUUUUGUAUAAAUAAGAAAAGUGUAUUUUAUCUAGUACCAACAGG